AGCUGAGUUCAAACCGGUGUGCAAUUUAUUUUUCAACCAACAUUAUUAUUAUUAUACUUGUUCGUCCGUUUAAACGAAAUCUGGCUAAAUGUUUGGUACCUACUUCGUUAAAAAAAAUUGUACUCGACUUUUAUUAUUGUUAUUACAUUGUUUGUUUGUGCGUUUGUGCAUGUAUAAAUGAGAUGAGGAGACGUCACGAUAAAAAAAAAAAUGUCAAAACGUUACAUUCGGCUCGACUCGUUGCGCGUUUGCAGUAUUAUAUUUUCUGUUUUUGCAGAGUUCAAAGCUCAAGCGAAAAGGCAUUUUUUUUUUACUUGGAAAUAUUUGUUAGAGACCACGUGUAGUUCAACUAUAUGUAAAAAAAAUUGUUUCGAUUUCCCGAUGGACUCAUCCUAGCUGCAGCUUCGAAUCUCACAACAUAUUUUUCGAUUUAUCAGCAAAAUAAAACAAUUGCCUACGUGUUGCCAAGCGACCAUUUAAUGAGGAUAGCCGAAAGUUAAAUCAAUAACCAAAUGAAUACAGAAAUACGCAUUUUGCUUAAGAUAUAAGUGAAAAAACUCACAAAGUUAAUAUGUCUAAACGAUUAGAUGGCAAAAUAAAAAGGCCCAAUAGUGGCCCAAAAAUUAAAUCCAAGUCUGAUGGUCGACACACCGAACAAGCGAAACGAGAAGAAAGAGCUUUACUGGCAAAGCAGAAGGAGAGAGAGUUGAAGAUUGUAGAACACCAGCUCCGCAAUGAACGGUUAAAACCAAAUUGUGAAAUGUUAUCGGAUUUAUCACGAAAAAAAUAUGAACACGACCGAAUGUACCGCGAAGAACUGGACUGGCAGCAUUGGAUACGAUGCGACGGUACUCCCAACCCACAAGUUGUUCAGGAACUGAAUACGUAUCUCUUUGUUGAGAGACAAGUGUGCCAUGCUAGUGACGAUAAAAACUCUUAUGUGGAAAAAUGUUUAGAGAUAUUCAAGAUUAUGGACGCCAUAGAUGACAUAGUGGAUUUACCGUUGGAUUUCAGUCAGUUUAAACUGCAGUGAUUCCGAGAAGCCAGAGACAACCUAGGAAGGCUGCUGGUAGAUAUUGUGUACGGAAUUUGUUACCAUCUGAUUAGUGAUUACGAUCGCAGAAUGGAUCCUGUAGAUUUAGAAACUGUGGCAUAUAAAAACUCAUGCGAAGCGUUCGCUGUUGGCUUACAUGUAGUGUGUCAUAGGCCCAGAUUACUGACGGAUGACCGACCUCCGCCAAAAUGUGAUUUCCCCGAAUGUCUUGUCAUGGUCGAUGUCCCACCACAACUAUCACAACAGUACAUGGCAGUAAUGGCUCUAUGGCUACGCUGGGACCCUUUCACAGACAGAAUGGCUGAAUUUGACGUUUCAAAAUCAUUAGAAAAGGAUACCAGAGAUCUGUGGCAGUACUCUGAAGACACAUGGAAACAACAGACUCAGAUUACUCAGCUACUAAACGAAGAGAAGGAACGAUCAGAGAGACAAUUGUGGAUGGAAAAAAUGGAAGAGAAACUUAAAGCAUUUGCGGAAGUGGAUAGAAAUAGUUAUCCAGAAGAUCUCCAAACGUACCUAGACGAACUUGAAAAAAAUGAUCCUUCUGUUCGUUCAACUAACGAUGAUACACAAAAAGAAGAUCAUCGAAAGAAAGUAGAAAUAAAAGACGAACCUUCCAAACCCGUGGAACCUGAAACCAUAAAGUCAGUACAAGUCGAUAUCAUAAAAACACCAAGCCAAGAAAUGGAAAAACGACAGCUGGAACAAAUGGAAGAUAUUUCUAAUUCAUUGAAAUACUCGGAGAAACCAAAUGAACUUAAUCCCAGGAGAUACUGGAUUAUUGGCGGAGCAUUUAACGUGGAAAUGUGGAAACUUCCAAUGCAGCCCGUCGAGUUCGAAGACGGGUCAGUGGGCGUAUUGAUUGUCGGACCAGAGGCACUGCAGCCAAUCGAUUAUCAUGAAAAAUACGAACCGUUACAAUUGUCGAUGGGCUUUUCAUCCACAUCGUCAGAAGACGAAGAAACGGACGUAAAAAAACAAAACCAAGAAGCACUCAAAAGACUCGCGUUGAUAAAUAUCAAGUUACCGGAAAAUGUACUUUGGUUUGAAAAUCCCAAACCAGCCAUGUGGAACGAAGAAAAAAAAAAUUGGACAACUGAAUACAUAUACGACAUCAGGUUCAACGAAGAGAAACAGAUGGUGUCGUUCCGGGCCGGCCGAAUGGGCUCGUUCGGGUUGGCCGUGAACCGGUACACGAACUUUCCGUUUCAGUCGUGGGAGAUACGGCCGGAGAGCGGCGCCGACGGCUCCGGCGUCGUCCUGUCGGUGACCGCGGCCACGGUGCUGGUGGAGAUCGCCGUGCGCGAAGACCAAGCGGCCAUGGUACAGCUGCAGAACGCCACCACCGUAGCGCUGCAGGAGAUGAUCGGCGCGUACCACCGGCCGGACAAGCUGGUACGGUUGUUGCGCCGCGGCGGCAUAAACUUGUUCCCGGAACCGGACGCCCGGCACUACGUGGACGGCAACAGGCCGCCCAAGCACGCGGUGGCCGAGCGGCACGCGUACCGAUGCAUGGCCGCGCUCAGCGGCACGCACCAGUUCGCCGCGUCCCGGUGGAACGUGAACGCGCCCUUUGACCGCAUGGUCAUGCAGAUGAAGGAAACUCAGCCGGCCAUCGAAGCGGCCGGCAGCGGGACGUCGGUGUCGGCGGCUAGCGGACAGGCCGGCGUCGUCCCGUACAAGAUGGUUAUGGUGACGCCGGAACGGGCGGUGCUGCUCAAGUGCACAGAGGUCAGCCAAGUGUUCUCCGAGGAACCGCUUGAGACGCCGGCUGCCACCGCCGCCGAGACCGCUCAGCGGUACGCGCCCGACCUGUUGACGCUGGCCGGAUGCAGCUCCACCGUCGACUUCAAGACCACCGAAACGCUCUUCUACCUGAUGGACAAGAUAAAAUUUUUGAGCUACUCUUGAUUCAGUCGGCAGCGCAUGCGGUGCACUGCAAUCGCUUACCUACACGCUUUGUUCACUUAGCUA